AUGGGCAAGACGAUCUUCCUCCUCGGCGCCACGGGUUACAUUGGAGGCUCGAUCCUAGAACAUCUUCUCGACUUGUCUGACUACUCGAUCACAGCACUCGUACGCAACACAGAGAAGGCUAAGAAACUGGAGGGGUUUGGCGUCAAGACCAUUCUCGGUUCGUUGGACGAUCUGGACAAGAUUCAGCGAGCAGCGGCUGCCGCCGAUAUAGUGCUUCAUUGCGCACACGCAGAUCAUGUAGGCGCCGCCAAGGCAGUACUCGCCGGUAACAAAGAGCGCUUUCAAACGACCGGUGUCGCUCCCAUCUACAUCCACACCUCCGGUACCGGCGCCUUCAUUGACGGCGCGGUGGGUACACGCUUCGACCCUGAGAGUCUCCCAUUGUACGACGACAGUGACCGCGCGGUCAUGGAUGCCCUUCCCGACACUGCCUUUCAUCGCAACGUUGACCUGCUCGUGUUAGAGGGAGAUACGGAAGGCUAUGUCAGAUCGUACAUCGUGCUUCCGUCAACGGUAUGGGGGAUCCUCACGGGGAAGCUCGUCGACGCAGGCAUUGCCAACUCGCAUAGUAUCCAGAUACCCGCCGCAAUCAAGGCUAGCAUCCGGAAGGGACAGGGAGCCAUGAUCGGCCUGGGAGAGAACGAGUGGCUUCACGUCGAGAUACACGAGCUUGCUGAUCUGUACAUCCGCCUCUUAAACGCCGCUGUCGCCGGUACCGUUCCGCAUGGCCGCGAUGGGCAAUACAUAGGGGAGAACGGAGUCUAUCGCCUGAAGGACACUGCCGCGGCAUACACUCGAGCCCUCCACGCUGCUGGGCGUAGUCGGACGGCAGAACCGGAGAGUUUCACGAAAGGGGACAUUGACAGGUUCUUCGGCGGAAGGCCUUGGCUGGGUACCAAUUGCCGCGCAAAGGGCGUGCGCGCCAAACGCGAUCUUGGCUGGGCGCCGACAAAAGGCGACGCGGAGUUCUUGACGGGCGUCGAAAAGGAGGCGGCAUCUGUACUUACCAGUUUGCGCGGUGCAUAG